AUGUCCGAAAUAAGCGACCCAACAGUUGGCGUUGAUUUCUAUGCAAGGAUGAUCGAAUUAAAGCCUGGAUACCGAGUGAAACUGCAACUGUGGGAUACUGCGGGGCAAGAAAAAUUUAGAUCAAUUACGAGAUCAUAUUAUCGGAAUUCAGUUGGAGUUCUUGUAAUUUACGAUAUUACUAAUCGAGAAAGCUUUGAACAUGCUGUUGGAUGGCUGAAAGAAGCGCAGGAUCAUGUUGGAGGUCCAAAUCCAUCAAAAUGCGUUUUUAUUCUUGUCGGAACAAAGAGCGACGCAGCUGAAAGACGACAGGUAAAUUACGAAGAAGGCGAAUACUUCGCAAAAUAUCACAAAAUGCAGUUCAUUGAAACUUCUGCGAUGAGCGGAGAAAAUGUAUACGAGGCUUUCUUUAUGGUUGCGCAAGAAAUAUACAAACGAACGCAAGAAGGUGAUUUGAAGCCUGUCGAUGGUUGGGAAGGCCUCAAAAGCGGAAUAAUGCGCACACAGUCAAUUUGUCUCUCAGAACAGAGUUUUCCACGCGGUUCACCAAGUAGUAAUUGUUCUUGCUAA